CCCUCAUGUCUGCCAUGAAAUCUGCAUCCUCUCUGCGGGCUCUGGUUCUGACUCCUGAGCGGAUCCCGACCUUCAUCAUCCCCUCCAUACGCAGCCCGUUCCUGGCCUCUCCGAUGUUCCGCCGUCUCUCCACGGACCGCUCCGCGCUGCUGUCAGAGGAGGAUGAUGAUGAGGAGGCCACAGGAGCUUCUCUCCCUGUGACUCCAUCCCAACCCGCCCCCUCGUCCAGGUGCCGCUUUCGUCUGCGCUCUCCGCGCUGCUGUCGUCCACGUCGCGCCGCCGAUGACGCGGCAGACGCGGAUCCGACAACCCGCGCAGCCAUGUCGCUGCCGCACGUGCCAAAGGUGACUACCCCUUAUGGCUUCAGCGACGUAUUGGCCACAACCCCAUCAACCAGCCGGAGGGAGUCUCUGUUUCACCGGAACAGACCCGUGAAAGUUACCGUGAAUGAUGCUGAUCCGCCAGGAGCCUCUCCUGCAGCCGAUGGGCCCCAGAGUCCCGGUGGCUCCCGGGUCAGCUAUGGACCCGUUAAAGCUUUAGGUCUGCAGAUCAUGAAGGAGCUGAAGAGGCCUGCGGCUGCUCUGAUGGCUCUCAGUCCUUCAGCCAGAGGCGCCUUACAUCGCUGAUUAUGGAUUUGCAUGUUUUUAUUUAAAUGUAUCUGUUUAAUAAAGUUUUUU